GCUUCCGAAUCCAAAAUUCGUGUUCAGGUUCAGGUCGACAUGAUGGAGAUUGGAGAAGAACGUUCAAAUUGACACCUAUGUUGAUCCUACAGUCGCAACGUCAAAGCGGGUCGUUUUACAGUUGAAAAACAAGGGUCGAAUAAGAAUGACAGAAAACAUGGAUCAACUAAAUAAAUAUUUCAACAGAUCCGCAUCAGUAUCUUCAAAACCGAACGUUCUAGAAUGCCGGGUUUGCGAAGAAGUUUUCACUGCGGAAGGUGGGAAGGUACCACGUCUACUUCACUGCGGUCACACUGUGUGUCACUCUUGUUUACUGCGUCUUCGUCCCUGCGUAUCGGAUCAAAAGUUUCUUUUAUGUCCCUUCGACCGGCAACCCACAGCCAUAAAGAAGAAUGGAGUGUAUAGUCUAAAAAAGAACUUUGUGCUCAUCGAGCUCUUGGAAAGGCUGGAAGAGUCGAAUAUUGAAAAAAACAUGAAACUCGAACGGGAGAGGCUUCAGUCUACUCAGCCGUGCGACGAAGAUGAAAAACAUAUCGCUGUACUGUACUGCACAGUAUGCAUGACUCACCUUUGCGACGCCUGUGACGUUGUCACUCACUCGACAAAAACUCUUGCCAGGCACAGGCGCAUUCCUUUGUCGGAAAAACCAAAGGAAAAACCAAAGUGUCCCACUCAUAGCACGCAUAUCGCUGAAUUCACAUGCACACAGGAUGGGUGCAACAGUGCUCUUAUGUGCUACCUUUGCAGGGACUAUGGGAGGCACAGUACUCACAAGCAUACAUUGGUAGAGACAGAGGCUGAGAAUAUCCGAGUUUCAAUCAUCACAGCAAUGCAAAAAAUGACUCUAUUUACGGAAAACAUGAGGGAUACAGCUCAUAGAAUAGAGAUUGCAAUACAGGAAUUAGAAGGCUGGGCAAUAGAAGAUGCUCGGCAGCGAGUACGUCAGCACUUUGAAAAGUUGAGGUCGCUGCUAGCGAAACAGGAAAAAGCAGCUGCAAUGAGCGUUGAUGCUGAAACGAGGGAAAGACUUUGCACGCUUCGGGAAUUACACGAAAAUCUGAAUAUGACCAGGACCCAAGUUGCCGAAGUCUGUAUUGAGUGGGAGAGUCUGCUGGGUUCUGAAGAUUGGAAGUUGCUCAGCAGCGCCAGAGAUGUCAACCAAGUUCUGACUUCGCUGGAACAGCAGCAGAAACAUUACGCUCAGCUUGGUCCAGACUUGCUCACACCCGAAUCCUCUAUUCCUAUAAUAUUUAGCAGGGACAACAGAGUUCAUAUUGGAACAAAGAUAGAAAUGCGAGUUGUGAUACUUGGCCUAGAUGGGGCUGGAAAAACUAGUAUUUUAUUUGCCAUGAGGGACAUGGCUUUGUGCAGUCCACCGAUUCCUACAAUUGGGUUCAACGUAGAGAGCCUGGAGUACAAAAACCUGGUGUUUGCGCUUUGGGAUGUUGGCGGACAACAUAAAUUGAGGCCACUGUGGAAGCACUACUACCACAAUACUCAGGCUGUCGUUUUUGUUGUCGACGCUAGCGACAGGUUGCGAUUCAAAGAGGCGCAAAAGGAACUGACGAAAAUUGUUAGCGAACCCGAACUGAAAGACGCCUUGUUACUUAUCUAUGCCAACAAACAGGAUGUUCCAGGUUGUGCGAUGGUCGAAGAGCUGACGGAAAUCCUUUCCUUACAAAAAUUUUGUUGUGGUAGGGCCUGGCAUAUAGAGGGAUCUUCGCCUCUGACUGAUUCUACUGGUCUGAUUCAGGGAUUAGACUGGCUGACACAGCAAUUGGGUGCAAACGAAGCGCUUUACACCAAUAGUACCUAAAAAUAAAAAUACUAAGUGAAUUUAGUUUUUAGAUUUACAGUAAGCGUGUGUCAUACCACACUCCGCUACUCUACUCUUACCAUUUUAUAAUAAAGCAUGAAAAAAUAGCAGCAUUAUAUUGUCCGUCAACACU